UUGGUUCUCACUUCUGAAAACUCCCCCACUUCUUCUCUCUCCCUAACACUAUUGCCAUUUGAUUUUGAUUGAAUAAUGAUGUAAAGCAAAAGAAUGAAAGAAAAUAUAAAUUUUUAAGUUUUUCUCUUCUAGGUCUGGGUUUUUUGUGGGAAGGGUGUGCUGUUCUUACAUGUACACGUGUAGGUAUACUGGUUUUCUUGGAAGCAUGUCUUCUGGGGUAUUUUGGGUGUAGUCUUGGUUUUCUUGCUUUGAAUUUGCUUGUUUUCUAAUUGAGAGGAUGAAACAGUUGGAGAAGAAAUGUGAUGGGGAAGUUAAGAAAGUGCAGUGGUUUUUGGACAGUUGUAAACAACUACAUACUUGUACAAGUUGGCCUUGUUUCAGACCCACUUGAUACAAAGAUUUUCACCAAAGAACCAAACUAAAAAAACGAAAGAUUUUUAAGACAUCAGAAGAAAGAGAUCUGUAGUUUUUCAAAAGAGUGUUUUGAGUUCAUCAACCAUGAAGACAUCAGUUGGCAGCUCAGGUUCCUUGGGUGCGUUUAUGUCCCUCUGUCCAGCCACAGAUGAAGUAAGUCCAAGAAACCACCAGAUUUACAGUAAAGAGUUUCAUUCGAUGUUAGAUGGAUUAGACGAAGAAGGGUGCUUGGAAGAAGCAGGGCAGCAUUGUACCGAGAAAAAGAGGCGAUUAAGAGUCGAUCAAGUGAAAGCCUUGGAGAAGAAUUUCGAGGUCGAAAACAAGCUCGAACCCGAGAGGAAAGUGAAACUAGCUCAAGAGCUUGGCUUGCAACCGAGACAGGUGGCUGUCUGGUUCCAAAACCGCCGUGCCAGGUGGAAGACCAAGCAAUUGGAAAGGGAUUAUGGCUUUCUCAAAACCAACUACGAAACUCUUAAGCUCAAUUUCGAUACCCUUCAACAAGACAAUGAAGCCCUUCGAAGAGAGAUACGAGAGCUAAAAGCAAAACUGAAUGGAGAAAGCAUAGGGAGAAAUCGUUCAGUGAAAGAGGAAGUGAUUGUGCCCGAAAAUGAUGAAAAAACAAUGGAACGAAGUGAGCAGCCUCCGGUCGAACUGAUCCACGAGAGCUUCAACAACAACAAUGGAGGAGUUGACGCCAUCCUUUUGCCGGAACUGAAAGAUGGGUCGUCGGAUAGCGACUCGAGCGCUAUCUUGAACGAAGACGACACCACCACCGCGAAGAACAACAACAACGCUGCUAUUUCUUCGUCCGGGAUCCUACAAAGCCAAUAUCUUUCGAUGUCGCCGAGGAAAACUUCAUCAUUCAACUUCAACUCAUCGUCUACUUCUUUACCAUCCUCCAUGAACUGUUUCCAGUUCUCUAAAACGACUUAUCUUGUGAAGAUGGAAGAGCACAAUUUUUUUAGUGCAGAUGAAGCUUGCAAUUUCUUCUCCGAUGAGCAAGCUCCGAGUCUGCAAUGGUGUUACUCAGAACAGUGGAACUAAAAAGAGAAGCCACAAAUCGACAUGUAACAAAAUGCCAGGAAAUAAGGGAAAAGACAAAGUUGGCUAUCUUAAAUGAAGCUCCAAGAGAUUUGUAAAAUGAAAAAAAGAAGAAGGUAAUUUGGAGCUGUAGAAGAGACAUGAAGAUGGUAGCUUAAAGCAAAUGGUGACACCAAAACCUGGGGCGAGCGGGAAUGAUUAGGUCGUAAUUGCAUCUUCUUUUUAUUUUUCUCUUUUAGCUGUAAACGGCAAACAAAAUUCCGCAGUUCAUCAUGGAAAAUAAACAAAAUCACCAAUCAUCAUUUUCCUUGUC